UCUUUGAUCUCAUCGCACGUAACAGGUAGUGAAUCCUCUCAGAAUCCCAUUUGAAUUACAGCAGACAGAGGUGAGACUCUGAGUUCGUUGACCACAUUUGAAAAUUCAAAACCGGACUGAGACCACCACCCAGAAAGACAAGCACAAUUUCUGAGAACCAUGUCCAAGGGACCAGCAGUUGGCAUUGACCUGGGCACUACCUACUCCUGUGUAGGAGUGUUUCAGCACGGCAAAGUUGAAAUCAUUGCCAAUGACCAGGGAAACAGGACCACACCCAGUUAUGUUGCCUUCACUGACACUGAGAGGCUGAUUGGGGAUGCAGCCAAGAAUCAGGUGGCACUGAACCCCAACAACACAGUAUUUGAUGCAAAGCGUCUUAUUGGACGUCGGUUUGAUGACAGUGUUGUCCAGGCAGACAUGAAGCUCUGGCCCUUCACAGUUAUUAGCGAUGAUUCACGCCCCAAAGUAGAAGUGGAGUACAAGGGUGAGACCAAGACCUUCUACCCAGAGGAGAUCUCCUCCAUGGUGCUGCUUAAAAUGAAGGAAAUUGCAGAGGCGUACCUUGGCAAGACAGUUACAAAUGCUGUAGUGACUGUGCCUGCCUACUUCAAUGACUCUCAGCGCCAGGCCACCAAAGAUGCAGGGACUAUUUCUGGGCUUAAUGUGCUUCGUAUCAUCAAUGAGCCGACUGCUGCUGCUAUUGCUUAUGGCCUGGACAAAAAGGCUGGGUCUGAAAGAAACGUCCUCAUCUUUGACCUCGGCGGUGGCACAUUUGACGUCUCCAUCUUGAGCAUUGAAGACGGUCUCUUUGAAGUGAAGUCCACAGCAGGCGACACUCACUUGGGUGGAGAAGACUUUGAUAACCGCAUGGUCAACCACUUCAUCUCCGAGUUCAAGCGCAAGUCCAAGAAAGACAUCAACAACAACAAGAGGGCAAUUCGUCGGCUGCACACGGCUUGUGAGAGGGCCAAGCGCACCCUGUCAUCCAGCACCCAAGCUAGUAUUGAAAUUGAUUCUCUGUACGAGGGCAUAGAUUUCUACACCUCGAUCACCAGAGCCCGGUUUGAGGAGCUGAAUGCAGACCUGUUCCGAGGAACCAUGGCGCCCGUGGAACAGGCUAUCCGUGAUGCCAAGAUGGACAAGGCUCAAAUCCAUGACAUUGUCUUGGUGGGAGGCUCCACUCGUAUUCCAAAGAUCCAAAAGCUUCUGCAGGAUGUUUUCAACGGGAAGGACCUGAAUAAAAGCAUUAACCCUGAUGAAGCAGUGGCCUAUGGUGCAGCUGUGCAGGCAGCCAUCCUGUCUGGCGACAAAUCUGAGAUUGUACAGGACCUGCUGCUGCUGGAUGUGACCCCCCUUUCUCUGGGCAUUGAGACCGCUGGAGGUGUCAUGACUGCUCUCAUCAAGAGGAACACCACCAUUCCCACGAAGCAGACCCAGACUUUUACCACCUAUUCAGACAACCAGCCUGGUGUGCUCAUUCAGGUGUUUGAGGGCGAAAGGGCCAUGACCAAAGACAACAACCUUCUGGGGAAAUUUGAGCUGACUGGAAUCCCCCCCGCUCCCCGAGGGGUUCCUCAGAUUGAAGUGACCUUUGACAUCAACGCCAACGGCAUCCUGAAUGUGUCCGCGGUCGACAAGAGCACUGGGAAGGAAAACAAAAUCACGAUCACCAACGACAAAGGUCGCCUGAGCAAGGGGGACAUUGAGCGUAUGGUCCAGGAAGCAGAGGAGUACAAGGCUGAGGACGAUAUCCAGAGAGAGAAGAUGGCUGCCAAGAACGGUCUGGAGUCCUACUCCUUCAACAUGAAGUCUACUGUGGAAGACGAGAAGCUGAAGGGCAAGAUCAGCGACGAGGACAAACGGAAGAUUCUGGACAAGUGUAACGAGGUCAUCAGCUGGCUCGAUAAAAACCAGUCUGCGGAAAAAGAUGAGUUUGAGCACCAGCAGAAGAAGCUGGAGAAGGUGUGUAACCCUUUCAUGACCAAGCUGUACCAGAGUGUGGGCGGGGCGCCGAUGGGAAUGCCUGGUGGUUUUCCUGGAGCUGGUGGUGCUCCUGGAGCAGGAGCCUCCUCCGCUCCCACCAUCGAGGAGGUUGACUAGAGUUUUACCAGAUUUGCAUGAGCUUGUUGUCUUUCCUCUUUAAAGGUUAGUGUGGAGGGUUUUCAUAUGCAUAAUAACCCUGGUUUUAAAUAGAUUAUACUCAGAACCACACCUCUGUUUGGAUCGAUUGAUCAUAUUUUUAUACCAGGCUUAGUGCAGCACUUUCACAGACUUUUUUGGGGGUUGCCAGUUUUUGCAGGCAUCUGUACAGCAGUGUAUUGCUGCCAUGGCAGAAAAAUUUAAACGGAUCAGUAAAUAAAUUUGAAAUGAUAAUACGUUUUCACGUUAUUUCGUGAAAGUUUCCACGUUAUUUUUCUACCCUGGCAGCAAUACGCUUCCGUACAUCUGUCUUGCAUUUAGUUAAACCAGUUAAAGUUUGAAUCACUAUUCAAUUUUUGUUGUUGUUAUUGAGCUGGUUAUGAGGCUAAAAUGAAUGAAAUGAAAAAUGAAACUAAUUAAAAAUGUUUUGCAUUUUGAA